AUGACAGGUUUCCAUGCUGGAGACAAGGACUUGAUCCGAACACUGACUGAAGAGACCACAGCGAGAAAGGCCGAGCAGGAGGACCUUCGAGAGCAGCUCAAACAAGCUCAAGAAGAACUAAAGGUUCAAGAUAAACAGAUCCUGGUGCUGCAGAAAGCCAAGGAUCAGACCGUAACUGAGGUCGAAGAUCAGUUAGAAGUCGCCACGACCAGAAUGAGGCGCUUGAUGGGUUUGGCGCGAGAGCGAGAGGCGCAGUGGAAGAAAGCCAACAGAAGCCUCGAAGAAGAGCUCAGACAGACGAAGCUCCAGUUACCAGAGAAAGAUCGUCAGCUCAGGACUCUGACGGAGGUUAACGAGUCCAUGAACCUUGACAUCACAAGGUUAAAAGACAAUCUGACUCGCCUUAAACAGAAAAUCCAUCAGUUUAUAAAGGGGCCUGUUCAGUUCGAGACAGAGGCAGAGGUGGAGACUGAGGUGGAGGCCGAGGUGGAGGUCGAGGUGGAGGCCAAGGUGGAGGCCGAGGUGGAGACUGAGGUGGAGGCCGAGGUGGAGACCACAAUAGAGGCUGCAAUAGAAAGCAAGGUAGCGAUGGCGAUAGCGGCAGCAAUAGAGACAGAGGUAGAGGCAGCGAUAGAAGUGUUAGUUAGCAAUGGAAGUGCAUCUGAACCUGUGCCAGAAACUGUACACUUUAGACAGGUGCGCAGGGUGCUAGGUGUGAACGUUAGGAGCCUGGUCCAACUGUUCGCUCAGAAAGACCAGGAUGUUCAGGAGGACAAACAACGCGCUGAAGAACUACAAGAGAAGACGAAACAAAAGGCUGCAAACUGCAUGUUGAAUCGCAAGUAA